AUGAUGGCCCAAACAUCCGGUGGGAAUGCACGCGCGACGACAAAUUCUUCGAGAGCGUCCGACUCCUCCCGCAACGACGAUUCGGGUUCUGCAGUUGAAACAGAUACUCUCGGCCGUCGAAGGCUACAAAAAACUACUCCGAGCAUGACAUCCGCGCCAACUCAAGGCCAAAGAGCCCCAUCCAUAUCAAGAAGCGUGACAGACCCGCGUCUGCAGGCCAUAGGAAGGAGAAGACAAUCAAUACGUGACCAGAACACGAUCGCUCCCAGGGGUCCUCGUUCCGCAACUGGAUCUAUGCAUUCCGGCAAUUCUUCGAUUGACAUCACGACGGAAACUAUGAGAAAUGCAUCCAUUAGCAGUACGACUUCAGGUACAAGCUCCAGCACUCCCAAUAUGAACAAUUCAAGCGAACAUCAUAGCAACAAGUCUUCUUCGGAAAAUCUCGAGUUUCCGGCGCCCAUCAACUUCGAUGAUUUUCACAACAGUAUUUUAGACGAACCUAGCUUAAAUAAUUUCCCUCUGCCAGGUCAUGGUGGUGCUAGAUACGAGAGCAAAAAGGCACAACCACGGUCACAUAAUCAGUGGACCACGACUGAACCAAUUACGACGAGGACCGCACGAUCCAACUCCUUUCGGCGCCAGAGCGAUGUCGCUCGGUUUCAUACUCAGGCAUCGUCAGUCAACACAUCGAUGCCCCCUCCCCCAGCGUCUUCUGCUAGAUCUCGUCGCCAAAGCCAUGUCCCACCUCCGUCGUCUACCUCUGUCUCGACUCGCGCUCCUCGAAAAUCAGUGGGUCCUGGUAUCUUUACUAUGGAUACCCCCGGAGACUCCAUGCCGAAGCGACGACCCAGUUUAUCAAUGCGCAAAGCUAGCGUUGAUAACAUCAAACCUGAUCCACGUUACCGGAUGCGUUCGACGAAUAACAAUGAUUCCGAUAACCUUGCCACACCCAGUUCUAGAUCGCUCAAAGCAAAAUCGUUACAACCACCAUCAAGGGAACGAUUGACGCAGGACAGCUUAUUGGCACCUACAACUGGCGAUAGAUCAUCGACAACGAAUGGCCUCUUGACCCCUGUGAAACCCGCUGCUGGCAGCACUAAUACACCUUCGUCAUCCGCUUCGAGUAAGCGGAUGUCAACUAUGCCUCAUGCUACAGGUUUAGGCGCACGUACAAUUAGCCCUACCGAUGCUCGACGAAUGAAGCGAAUGUCACUGAUGCCGCAGGCUCCUCCUGUGCCUGUUACACCGCCCGCCGCUCAACCUAUACCGCCCGAGGUGCUAACCCUACGACCACGAUCCUCUCAAUCACCAUCCAUGAUCCCGAGGAAAAGCGUCACUCCUUCCUCGUCCCGAACGACACCCGAUCCCAGUCGCAAGUCUUAUAGCUCUGGCAUGUCUCUUUCCUCAAACACCAGCUACAACUCUGCUCGUAACUCUAGCGGGUCCCUGCAACCUCGACUAUCUCAGACAUUCUCCUCCUCUCGACUUCCCACGCCGAAACCACGUAUGGAGUCCAUGAACAACGGAAACGAGGAAGAGGUGCCCCCGGUCCCUGCUAUUCCCAAGGCAUACGAGUCUCCAAAGACAGAAUCUGAGAUCAUGUUCCCAACCAAUGCUCGUAAAUCUAGCCUGCCUUUGGAUAUUGAAUCUGCACGCGGCUCAGACUCUAGUCGACCAUCCACAACUGUCAACAACACCACAGAGCCUUUUGCACCCCCUGCGCCAUGGAUGACAGGAACCAGAACUACAGAAGCCAAAGGAAAACAAGCCGCUGGCUUGGGACGGAAGAGCUUACAACCCUUGAAAUUGCCUCCAUUGAACUUGUUGCCGCUCAGCACCCCCAUGGCUGCAAAGAUUGAGGCUCUGAACAGCAAUAAUAGCAACCAGCAGAAUCCGUCUACGCCACCUCCACGUACCAAUAUCCCCAAGACUCCCAGUACACCAAUGACAGCCUCCAAGGCAUCCUUUUUCAAGAACGAUGAAGAUGACGUGGAACGAACUCAGCUGCCUCGCAGCAGCACUUCUCACUUUCUGGUCAGCACAUCCAAUACAGCAGGUUUCAGGGCACCCAGUAGUUCUAGUGCUGUCGUUCCCCUAGACAUGCCGUCGUUGAGUCGGAAUAUAUCUCCUUACAUAUCCUCGUCGCUACCGAAAUCCACUAGCGACUUCAACUUCAUGCGUCAACAUUUGAACGGGGAGUACUCAAAUUCUCAGGCAGGCACGAAGUUGAUGGGUCCCAGACCUCAGACUCAAUCAUCAGCUUUCUCACUCAAUACGGAUACCGGAACUCGUCUAUCAAGUACACCAGAUGCUGACACAAAUUGUGCUACAUUGAAGAGCAAGCUGCCCUCGACACUCAGGCAUAGUGUAUCUAAACCCAUUCUGUCGUCAGAUACCAAGGUCAACGCAGCAAAAUAUGACAGCAUGCCACCGCCUCGACUUCCAGCAUCUGCUACAUGGAACGGUUUAUCUGCAGUUGCUACGCGUACGACCAGUCCAACGCUGAAGAGUUCCUUUAUGUCAAAUCAUCGCAAGUCUUCUCUGUCGAGCCUGAACACGAAGCAGUCAAGCUUCAACAAUGAGCCAAUUGCAUAUACUAUGCCCAGUCCUGCAAUUACCGAUCCUGGGGAUGCCGAUUCUGCUGACAAUAACCGUCCUGCGUCGUCAAUUUUGUCUCCAGUGCAAAAGAUUAUCAACUCCGCCAAAUCCAAUGUCGGCACAAAACCCCGGAAUGCUGACCCUAAUGUCGACUUGGUCGAGCUUGCGGCUGAUGAAGAGAUGCGCAGACUUGGCAGUAAAAGAAAAGACUUUGAAAUUGCUGCGAAGGAAUUGGAUGAGCUGCGUCGCAGAGCCAGUCCCAAGGAACGUGUUGGCCCAGCACAAGCGAUCAAGAUGGCUUCUCUCAACAUCUUUGAACGAGGCGAAAUCAUUGAUUUUAAGGAUAUCUAUUUCUGCGGCACGCAGAAGGCCAAGAAGCACGUGGGCGAUCUCAAGUCUCAGGCAGCCAACUUCGGUUACGAUGAUGACCGGGGUGACUAUCAGAUUGUCAUUGGCGAUCACUUGGCUUACCGAUACGAAGUCGUGGACGUUCUAGGCAAAGGUAGCUUUGGUCAAGUUGUCCGAUGUGUUGAUCAUAAAACAGGUCAAUUGGUAGCCGUGAAGAUCAUUCGCAAUAAGAAGAGAUUCCAUCAACAAGCCUUGGUUGAAGUCAACAUUUUGCAGAAGCUGAAGGAAUGGGAUCCUAAUAAAAAACACAGUGUCGUACACUUCACCCAAAGCUUCUACUUCCGUGGUCAUCUUUGCAUCUCUACCGAACUCCUUGGCAUGAACUUAUACGAAUUUAUCAAAGCCCACAACUUCAAGGGCUUCUCUUUGAAACUUAUCCGCCAAUUCACGAAACAAAUGCUCAGCACUCUAGUGCUUUUGUAUUCGAAGAGAGUUAUACAUUGCGACUUGAAGCCUGAGAACAUCCUACUUGCUCAUCCCAUGCGGUCAGAGAUCAAAACUAUCGACUUUGGUUCCAGCUGUUUCGACCAUGAAAAGGUUUAUACUUAUAUUCAGAGUCGAUUCUAUCGUUCUCCUGAGGUUAUUCUCGGCAUGUCCUACGGCAUGGCUAUCGAUAUGUGGAGUUUGGGCUGUAUCCUCGCUGAGUUGUAUACUGGGUAUCCCAUUUUCCCCGGAGAAAACGAACAGGAACAACUGGCUUGUAUAAUGGAGAUUUUCGGACCCCCAGAGAAGCAUCUGAUUGAUAAGAGCACUCGCCGAAAGCUAUUCUUCGACUCUUUGGGUAAACCUCGUUUGACCGUCUCAUCCAAGGGUCGACGACGACGGCCAAGCUCCAAGGACCUCCGACAGGUGUUGAAAUGUGACGACGAACCAUUUUUGGACUUUGUUGCUCGCUGUCUCAGAUGGGAUCCCGCGCGACGAAUGAAUCCAAAUGAUGCUAUGAAUCACGAAUACAUCACGGGAAUCAAAUCUACCGGUCGACCACGUGCAUACCUGUCUAGCAGCAACCUGGUCUCUAAACGACUUACGACCAGCGGAGUUCCCUCAUCCAGGCCUCUACCCGAGCCUCCCGGCCUAGGUGGUAAAACUGGGCUUGGAUUUCACAAGGCCACAAGCAGCUCCCCAGUCAAAGCUGCCGCGAAGCGUUUGUCGAGUGUCAACAACAGUAUACAGCAGCCUGCCGCAAGCAAGCGGAUAUCGAACAGUGGAGCUGUGAGCAACGGCGUUGGCUCUGCACUCCCGCGCAGGAAUCCAAGUGGAAGUCUAGCCGCAGCAGCUGCAGCUACGAGCUUAUCUAACAAAUGA